CCUCUCCCGCCUCGCACGAAGGCACCACCGACGGCAUUAUAUUUUUCAUUCCUACUUUACCCUUAUACUUUCUUUGAAUUUCUCCUGGACCACAAAGUUCUAGCACUCCGAUGGAGGGGUAUUUCGGGGAGGUCAGGUGUAAAGAAUAACUGCAGCCUGGAUUUCCCAACUUUCUUUGCGAACACGACAAUUGUGAGAUUCACACCAACAAAGCACAAGUUUUGGAGACGAACUGAAAAGAAAAGAGAAGAAAAGAAAAGUGAAAGAAAAAGUUUCUCAACUCAUCUUGGUCUUUCACGGAGUCUUAGUUGCUGCUUCAAUAAACGUGGUGCAGGGUGUGAUGAAUUACCAUUCUACUGGCCGGAACCAGAGACCCGGGGGUUUCAAGGUUAAGAGUGCCAUUCAGUUCACAUUGCUCCUUGCCAUCUCCAUCUGGUUGUUAUACCAGGCUAAGCACCCUUACCAUAAGAGGAAGGACUAUGGUGGGAGUUUACAAAGCAAGCUCAUUGAAAAACACAGAAUUCUAAUGUUGGGCCGCAAAGGAAAUGCUGGGCUGUUGAGUGAUGGAGAUGAGUCGGACCUGGAAGAUGAAGACUUAGUGGGAGAAGCUGGGAACGAAGAUGGAGGUGGUGGGAAUAAUGAAUUCAACAGAAACUCUGAAAUAAAAGAUGAUGAAAGGUCUUUGCCAAAGGCAAGGGAAAACACUAAUCAAAAUGCCGCUACUCAUGGGGAGAAAACAGAUGGAAAGGUGAAGGAAACAGAAUCCAAAGGAUCACAAGAAGACAAUGUUUCUGAUAUUGAAGGAGGUGAAGGCAAUGGAUCGGUCAGUUUAAAUAAGGAUAUACCUGGGCAGAAAAUUAACGAGGGAGAUACUGUUAGUACACAAAUAAUUGAAAGUGAUGAGGCAUUGGGGUACAGCAAGGGGGAUGAUGAGAAUGAAGCCCCAAUAGAUGGUCAAGAGGUGGAUGCUGUCCAAUCCAGUGGAAGGGAGAAUGCUCCUGUCCAUGGCCACAGUGAAAUGGAAAAUGAAGCCCAUGGCUUUCAGGAUAAGAACGGGGUUCCCCAUGAUGGUAAUGAUGUUUUGGAAUCUAGGAAGAUCGCAUCAAAUGACAACCAGUCUAACAUUCUACCUCAGGGAACAAUUUCGAGAUUAGGCAGUCUAAUUGGACUGUCCGAAAACGUGCCAGUUGAAGGAAUGGAUGUGUUGAAUGAAGGAAGCUACCCUGCUGAUUCUGAAAAUGAAAGUAAGAGCAUCAUAGAAGGUUUGAAGAAUGACAUUACAGUUAAGGUGGAAAUCAAAUCUGAAACCCGCGGUGCUAUUAACACACUCAGCAGCAAUGGUUCAUCAUCAGUGACUACCAACAAUGAUAGUGUAGCUUUGGAGGAUUCUCACCCUUUAUCUUUCCAACAAGAACGAGAAGUGGAUAUGGAUGGAAAGAUUUUCCCACAAGACAGUAGCGUAGAAGAAAUGUAAAGAAGAAUUUCCAACACAUAGUAGAAUGCGUACACAUUUUUUCUUCUUCUAAGACAUUGUACAGUCUUGUGUUACUCAUGCUUUU